AUGGAGACCGAGCUGCCCUUGCCGUUCCUCAUCAGUGUUGCCGUCCCGCCGGGACUGGCCAAUCUCGACGGCUUGACCCGAGAGGAAGUGUCACUGUUGGGCAAUCCCUUCUUGCAGGCGACGCCAAAGAUUCAAGAGAAGCUCAUGCGCUUUUUCAAUCGCCACAAUUACGAAUUCCACGCCCAUCUGGAUGCUACCGCUCUGGAAUCACAAGACGAUGUCGUCGCUCUGCUGGAUCGUGGGGCAAGGAAAGUCUUCGUCAUCCCGGAAGCUUUGUCUCAAUACACCGAUUUCGGAGACAGAGUCCUUCCGGCUGUUAGCAAGCCAGAUAUCUCUGCUGCUUCAGAGCACGGGCUGCUAGUAAAGAAUUUCGAUUUAUCAUCCGCUGAAGCGCAGAAAUUUGUCGAGGCUGCCCAAUCCGCCAAGAUCAAGAACCUCUAUCUUCUGCCCGUGGAAGGAACGCCUCUUGACAAGUUCAUUGAAGCCGCGCAAAAGGCCAAUGCCAUUGCUAUUCUCCCCUCUACAGGCCUCACAACGGACAAGUCUGCCACUGGCAAGCUUUUGCUUUCCAAGGUUAUUGCCACAUACUGGAAAUCCGACCGCCAGGAUGGCCUCAUCCCUACCGUCGUCACCGACGAGGCCGGUGUCGCUCUUGGUCUUGCCUAUACCAGCGAAGAGAGCAUACUUGAAGCGUUGAAGACACAAACUGGCGUCUAUCAAAGCCGCAAGCGAGGACUAUGGGUCAAGGGUGCUACUUCAGGAGACACCCAGGAGCUCGUUCGCCUUGCCCUGGACUGUGACAAUGACACCUUAAAGUUUGUCGUCAAGCAGACAGGCCGCUUCUGCCACCUUCAACAGUUUGGAUGCUUUGGAAACUUGAGCGGUAUCCCUGCUCUUGAGCAGACUCUCAAAUCAAGAAAGCAAUCCGCUCCCCAGGGCUCGUACACUGCCCGACUCUUCUCCGACGAGAAGCUUCUUCGGGCAAAGAUUAUGGAAGAAGCAGAGGAGCUCUGUGACGCCAAGGAUCCCAAGGAUGUUGCUUUUGAAGCCGCAGACCUCAUUUACUUUGCCUUAGCAAAGGCUAUCGGAGCCGGUGCCAGCCUGGCUGAUAUUGAGGCCAACUUGGAUGCAAAGAGCCUCAAGGUCACCAGACGACCCGGCAAUGCCAAGGGCAAAUGGGCCGACAAGGAGGGCAUCAAGACAGAGUCUGCCGCACCAGCCAAGGCUAGCCCAGUCGAAAAGCCAGCCGAGGGCAGAAUCACCAUGCAGCGGAUCGACUCUACCAAGGUUUCAGAAACUGAAUUGCUCAAUGCUCUUCAGCGUCCGUCCCAAAAGUCCCCAGAGGCUAUCCUCAAGAUCGUCACCCCCAUUAUCGAUGAUGUCCGCAAAAAUGGCGACAAGGCAUUACUGUCGUACACUCACAAAUUUGAAAAGGCUACUUCUCUUACCUCACCUGUUAUCAAGGCUCCCUUUCCUAAGGAGCUCAUGAACCUUGACCCAGAGACAAUCAAGGCCAUUGAUACAUCAUACGAGAACAUCAAGAAAUUCCACGCAGCCCAAAAGGAAGACAAGCCCCUCCAAGUCGAGACCAUGCCGGGCGUCGUCUGUGGUCGAUUCUCACGCCCCAUUGAACGAGUUGGUUUAUAUAUCCCUGGUGGCACUGCCGUCCUGCCCAGCACCGCCCUCAUGCUCGGUGUUCCAGCCAAGGUUGCCGGCUGCAAGAAGCUCGUUCUCGCCUCACCUCCCCGAUCAGACGGCAGCAUCACCCCCGAAAUUGUCUAUGUCGCGCACAAAGUUGGCGCCGAGAGCAUCGUCCUCGCCGGUGGAGCUCAAGCCGUCGCCGCCAUGGCGUACGGUACGGAAAGCGUCAGCAAAGUUGACAAGAUUCUUGGUCCGGGUAACCAAUUUGUUACGGCUGCCAAGAUGCACGUCAGCAACGAUACAAACGCCGGCGUGAGCAUCGACAUGCCCGCUGGUCCGUCUGAAGUCCUCGUCGUUGCUGACAAGGACGCCAACCCUGCGUUUGUUGCUUCGGACUUGCUCUCUCAAGCGGAACACGGCGUCGACAGCCAGGUCAUUCUCAUUGCCGUUGACCUCAACGAGCAGCAACUUCAGGCCAUUGAUGACGAGGUCCACAACCAGGCUAUGGCUCUACCUCGCGUCGACAUUGUCCGCGGCUCCAUCGCCCACUCCGUCACGGUUCAAGUCAAGACAAUGGAUGAAGCCAUGCGCAUCAGCAACGAAUAUGCCCCUGAGCAUCUGAUUCUGCAGAUCAAGGAUGCCGCCAAGUCCGUAGACCAGGUCAUGAAUGCCGGUAGUGUCUUUAUUGGUGAAUGGACCCCCGAAAGUGUCGGUGACUACUCCGCCGGAGUAAACCACUCUCUACCUACAUACGGGUUCGCCAAACAAUACUCUGGCGUAAACCUCGCAUCGUUUAUGAAACACAUUACCUGCUCUAAUCUCACGGCCGAUGGUCUCAAGAACGUCGGCUCAGCAGUCAUGCAGUUAGCCAAGGUCGAAGAGUUGGAGGCUCACAGGAGGGCAGUUGAAAUUCGACUCAAGUACAUGAAUGGACAGUAG